UUCCGCCCGCGCCCCCUCCCCUCGCCGCUCCGUCGCGUCCUCCGGCCCGAGGCCCUCCCGGCCGCGUGACCUCGCGCCCUCCCGCCCCGGCCGCGGCUGCAGUGGCACUGAGGCGGCGGCGGCGGCGGCGGCGUCCGGAGGCUGCGGGCGCCCCUCCCCCUCCUGCUUUCCCUGCUGCUGCUCCUCCUCCUGCUCCUCGUCGUCGCCCGCUCGGCCCGAGCUGCGAGCGGCAAGAUGGCCGCGCCCAGGCCGCCGCCCGCCAGGCUGUCCGGCGUCAUGGUGCCCGCGCCCAUCCAGGACCUGGAGGCUCUGCGCGCGCUGACGGCGCUCUUCAAAGAGCAGCGGAAUCGAGAAACAGCGCCCAGGACCAUCUUCCAGAGAGUCCUGGAUAUCCUGAAGAAGUCUUCUCAGGCCGUCGAGCUGGCCUGCAGGGACCCGUCCCAGGUGGACCAUCUGGCCUCCAGCCUGCAGUUAAUCACGGAGUGCUUCCGGUGUCUCCGCAACGCGUGCAUAGAGUGUUCCGUGAACCAGAACUCCAUCAGGAGCUUGGACACCAUUGGUGUCGCUGUUGACUUGAUUCUCCUCUUCCGUGAGCUGCGCGUGGAACAGGAAUCCCUGUUGACAGCCUUUCGCUGCGGCCUACAGUUUCUAGGCAACGUUGCCUCGCGGAACGAGGAUUCCCAGUCCAUUGUUUGGAUGCACGCUUUCCCAGAGCUCUUUUUGUCUUGCUUAAACCAUCCAGACAAAAAGAUCGUUGCCUACUCAUCAAUGAUUUUGUUCACAUCCCUUAAUUCUGAAAGAAUGAAGGAGCUGGAAGAAAACCUCAAUAUUGCGAUCGAUGUCAUAGAAGCGCACCAGAAGCAGCCGGAGUCGGAGUGGCCGUUCUUGAUUAUUACAGACCAUUUUCUGAAAAGCCCGGAAUUGGUUAAAGCCAUGUAUGCCAAAAUGAGCAAUCAAGAAAGAGUUACGCUGUUGGACCUUAUGAUAGCCAAGAUAAUGGGGGACGAGCCGCUGACCAAGGAUGACAUCCCGGUGUUUUUGAGCCAUGCCGAGCUGAUUGCAAGCACUUUUGUGGACCAGUGCAAGAUUGUGCUAAAAUUGACCUCUGAGCAGCACACUGACGAUGAGGAGGCACUGGCUACAAUUAGGCUUCUUGAUGUCCUGUGUGAAAUGACUGCUAACACGGACCUGCUCGGCUAUCUGCAGGUUUUUCCUGGCCUGCUGGAAAGAGUGGUUGAUCUUUUACGGCUGAUCCAUGUAGCUGGCAGUGACACCACGAACAUCUUCAGCACCUGCGCUUGCAUAAAGGCAGAAGGUGACAUCUCAAAUAUGGCUGAGGGGUUCAAGUCUCAUCUCAUUCGGCUGAUUGGAAAUCUGUGCUACAAGAAUAAAGACAAUCAAGACAAGGUGAACGAGCUGGAUGGCAUUCCCCUGAUCCUGGACAGCUGCAGCACGGAUGACAGUAACCCCUUUCUGACCCAGUGGGUCGUGUACGCCAUCCGAAACCUCACAGAGGACAACAGCCAAAACCAAGACUUGAUUGCAAAGAUGGAGGAGCAGGGGCUGGCAGACACGUCCCUCCUUAAAAAAAUGGGCUUUGAAGUUGAGAAGAGGGGUGACAAGCUGACUCUGAAGCCUACCAGGGACACGCCUCAGCUGUGAAUGAACUCUCCAUCCCAAGUCAGAAUUUCUGGAAUCUGUUUCCGUGGAUUUUUCAUCUUCUGCAGUGUGUGAGAUUGCAGGUGUUUGAAGCCUUCUUUAGUGCCCGUUCAGGAACAUGUGAAUCUUUUAGACAAUAGCGUUACGUGUGUGUAAGCUUAAAAGUGAAGUAACGUGAGUUUUCUGUUGUUUCCUUGCUUUAAAACAUAGCCGUCUGGUUUGCCUUCGUCCCGUGGAGGCCGUGUGCGUUCAGCGAGGUGUCGCGCUCGCUGUGGCGCAGGUGGUGAUCCCUCGCGUUAAGCGCACGUCCCUUACUUGGCAAAGAUGGCUUGCUGGGUCCCCCUGCUCCCGCCGGCGGCGACCCGGAGUUGGCCCCCUUCCUUCCAUUGUUCCCUUCCUGGGGGCCUUCUGGGCUCCGGCCGCAGCUGAAGUAUUUUCUCACUGUGAUUAAUUCCAGCAAUCUCUUUUCAGCCCUUCUGCCUUUCCAAAACAUUGACAAGACUCAUUUCCAGUUAAUUAAUUCGAGAGAUGCUGAAGAAUAGAGGUCCUCCCUCUUCGCUUUAGGUCCCAGGCUGUGUUGUCACCGAGCCCUGUCCCUUUGGAAUGUGGCGGGGAGUGAGCUGGGUGAGGGAGCAUGUGGGCGAUUAACUCUUCUCACGCCGAGUCUCCCGACUUAGCCGUCUGCAGACCAUGGUGCUCACGCCAGUGCCUGCGUCUUACCCACCUGCAUGCCCCUCCGGGGGAGGAAUAUUCUGUGGUCGUCUCUGCGUGCAGGGCCCAGCGUUACAGGUGCACAGACUUGAGCACCAGUCUCAGAAAGGCACACCACUCAGUUUUGGCCAGGGCUUCACGGGAAUUACAAAAGGAGCUUUGAAGAGCGAGGGUUAACUUGACCUGCGUCUGUCUGUCUUUCUCUCUCUCUCUCCCUUUCUCUCUCUCUACACACACACACACACACACACACACUCAGAGGUGGAACUGGACUGAGCGAGUGCUGACAUCUCCGCAACCACCCAGACCAUUCAUACAGUCAGCCAGGACCCUCGUGGGGGCCCUGUUGUGGAAGCUUUAAACAUUCUCUUCUUGAGCAGCCAUGUUACCAGACUAAAACAUCUAGUCAGAUUUUGCACAGUUCCUGGUGAACUUUCCAAAAUAAAAGCAGCAGGGACCCCAAACCAGAAGUUUUACCGAAACACAGAUUGUUCCAGAGUAAAGUGCCCCUGAGUCUUUGUAGCUGUACUUACAACAAUGGCUUUGUAAAAAACCGCUUCAGCAUGUGAAGAAUGAAAUAAAAGCUCUCCCGUGUGCUA